CGGCAACCUCUAACCCGUGUAAGACUUGUCAGAUUUUAUUGUAUGGGAACGGAAAUGGCGUCUCUCGAUAACGUGAAGAAACGGUGUGUAUUUGUCGAAUUAGUUGACGGUAGGGCAAAUGCCCCAUACGAAAUUAUUCUAGAAGAAAGCUCAACUGAGCAAAGCUUUGAUAACAUACUCCACUCAACUCCCAUUCUUCACCAAAAUAGUUCACGAACAUCUUUUCAAGAUUACACACAUUCAGGCAAUUUGGGGAAUGUUACUACAUCCAAGCUUCUAAAUACUAUUUCUCCAUUUGAUUCUGGAUUGGAUUGUGAUGAUGUGUCUAGUGACAAUUUGGUGAUCUCUUCUACAUCUAAGCAACUAAGUACUAUUACGUUGGAUUCUGAACAAGGUUCUGAGCAUGUGCCUAGUGACAUUUGUGCUUGCGCAGCACUUGAGGUUUUACCCUAUCUAAUUCCAGUCAGGAAGAAAAAGGGUGUUAUCCCUUCUCACUUUCUGUAUUAUCCUCAAGAAGAUUCAGUUAGCCUGGAUGCGGUAUUAAAGGAGACGGUCAAUCGUCCCCCGUUCAUCAUUCAAAUUGAAGAUUCUUUCCACGUCAUUGUAGAUAACCCAGUUUUGGUAACUUCUAACUCGGUCUCCGAGGCAUUGUUGAACGUAUUUUCCUCUUACUAUGUUUUCUGUAUCGAAUAUAGUAAGCAAGUAUUGAAAUCACUGUUGUUCCUGCAAAGUAAGGUCUUCGGUUUAAAAGAUGAUUGUUCCAGAAAUUGUCCUGGUUUACCUCUUUUUGUAAACACUCCUAAUGCUGUUAAACUGUAAUUGACCUUUUGUUCGUUGUCAUUGUCGUCGUCGUCGUUCAUUAAUGUUUCGUUGAACUGACAACAUUCAAACAAAAUGCAAUUUUGGUUGGCAAAGAGCAAUACAAAGUUUAAU